AUGAAAAUAGAAGACAACUCUAACAACACUAGUACUGCUUAUAAUUCAGUAUACAAAGCGUAUUUAAUACAGAAAAAAAGCAUUGGUCUUGGCUUCGCAUCUUGGCGCCGAGUUUUUGCAUUAACUUUUGACAGAUUCUUGGUUAUUCAGCUUCAUCUCAGAUACCAGGAACUUGUAACUCACAAGCGUGUUGGUGCUGCAGUGAUCUCAGUCUGGGUGUUUAGUGCAUCAAUUUCCUUCCUACGUCAGUUGUAUGAUUCUCUUAUUAUGGGAGCUGUCAUUUUAGUUGUUUGUGUCACAAUUACAGGAUUGCUUUAUUGCAAGAUAUACGCAGCGGUACGACAUCACUGA